AUAGGCUACAACUCCUUUAUAAGGGAACUUUACUUCCGAGCACCGGCGAAAUGAAGACGGACGGCGCUUGUUGUCGGUUAGUUGGUCCACUACAAAAACAUGUUUAUUUGAUCCUUUCUUUACCGAUCUUUUGCACAGCCUUUACAUUUUUCGUGGAUGUGUUUACGUUACACAUUACGCCUUGCAGUGAGAAUAUAGAGAAAUCUUUGAACCACAGAGUGGACAUUAAUAUUUCCAACAUCACAGCAAGUCGGACGGAGAAUCACAGCGACCUCACGAGUGAUGUCACGUGUCACGAAGAUAAUAAUUUUUCUCAUGGGAGAGCGACAUACAUGACGGGUUUACUUAUCGGCUCUUUAUUUGGUGGUGCUGUAUCUGACAGGUAUGGAAAGAAAUUACUACUCAUUUGCUGCUCAGCGGUCCAUGCAGUCGCUACUCUGAUAGUGGCAUUUCUGCCGUAUGUACCCGUGUACCUGACUGUCCGCGGCAUCAGUGGAGCAGCCUGUUGUGCCAUUCACAUCUGCACCUUCAGUUUAGGGGUUGAAUGGAGCCUGCCCAAGUAUCGCAUCUGGCCUCCCACCGUGUUUUCUUUCAUCUUCAGUCUGGGAAUGAUGGGAUUGGCUGGCAUAGCUUUCUUGACAAGUGACUGGAUGCAGUUUUAUCUGGCACUGGGCAUCCCUCAGAUCCUCUUUCUGCCUCUUUAUUUCUUUCUUCCAGAAUCUCCUCAGUGGCUGCUUCUUAAUAAGAGGAUGAAAACACUAGAGGGCUAUCAGAAUAGAAGUCCUGAGGACAAGCACUACUUGGAUCUUCUUUUGGAGUCUGUGGACAUUGAGAAGCAGAAGUCACUCACAGAGAAGACCGAAGACCAAAAAACAGAGUCUAAUUUCACCAACUUUACAUCACAUACUAUACUGUUGCGCCUGUUUAUCAUGAGUUACAUUGGUUUUGCAUCUGCUCUCACUUAUUAUGGGAUCUGCUUCAGUGUGGGAAGUUUUGGUGUAAAUAUCUAUCUGGCGCAGUUUUUCUCUGGACUAUCAGAGGCUCCCUCUUUGCUGCUUCCAUUUCUGUUGAAGCGAUGGGGCCGUAGGCCGUUCAGCAUGGGCUCGCUGUUCCUUAGUGGCAUUUCCUGUAUGCUGUCCCUCCUCGUUUCCAAGUUCUGCGACAUGCCUGCUCUUGUUAUGAGCCUGGCGCUGAUGGGCAAGCUGUGUAUGCAGUCUACCACAUGUGUCUCUCUGCUCUAUGGGAUUGAGCUGUUCCCGACUGUAAUAAGGCAGAAGUGUAUCGGCCUGGUUAGUCUUUGUUACCGAGCGGCCUGCAUUAUAAAUGCGGUGUUGACCCCUGAGGGCGAGAUCCCUCUGCCAGCUAUGAUCUGUUACAGCGGUGGGCCGAUCAUUGGUGCAGUCCUGUGCCUGUUUCUCCCAGAGACCAGUGGCAUCCCUUUACCAGACACAGUACAGGACUGUGAGAAACAGCCCAGACUGAAGCUCUCAUGCUCUGCACGUUUGCCCAUGAAGCAUAAACAGGAGUCCGAUGCUUCUUUUGCCAAGGAGACGGACAUGAAGAACCAAACGGAAUGCAGUCUCCUCUCAGCAUAGUCAGCAAGUGGACACUGUUUCCUGUCAUAGCAGAAAGUGACUUCAUA